UAUGCAAUGUGCUGGUGUGAAAAAAGAUUCUCAAAAAAGUAGUGGUCUUCCAACUGUUGGGAAUUCUUACCAAGCUAAAAAAGAUGGUGAUCAAGAGGAGGAGGGAAAUGUUUAUUUACUUUAUCAGAAUUCCAAAGACAAAUGGUUUUUAGCAUCUGAUUUGUCGUCUACCAUUGAUGGUGAUUUGUAUUCAAUCAACUUGGAUUACAGUGUCCAAGAAUAUAAACUUCUAUUAAUUCGAGUAAAAUCAAACAUAACUGCUACUCAAGUCCCAAAUAUCGCCAAUGGAUUGCAAAGAAGCCUUUCAAGAAAAACAGUUAAAUUUAUUCUAAAGCAAAAUUCUACAGAAACAGAAGCCUUCUUAGAAUGUUGUCGCGCUGAUAAAAUGGAUGACGUGCUCUUAAUAGUUUAUGAAGCAUGUAAUACAGCUUUGUUUUUUAUUGUCAAUGUUCAGCGCCUCAAGCAAAAAGGGUUUACUAACGGACCGUCUCCUAGUGAUGAUAUUGUUAUUAAAGAGGGUCAAUGUUUGGAGGUGAGGUUUAGGGGAAACGUCAAAGGAACUGAAGAAUGUGUUCCCCUUAUAUAUAAUUCUCAUGUAAACACGUCUUCAUCCGACGUACAAGUACGAGUUGUCGAUAAAUUUGCUCAACAUGGAUUAGAUUUGUAUAGGGGACAUGUUCAAUUGUUCGAAAUUGUACCUGCUCAGCUGGAAGAAGAUCCUAAGAAAAAAAAGGAUCAAAAGCAAAUAAAGAAGAAGGAAGAAGAAACAGAAAAAGGAGAGAUCGAAUUCGAACGCAAAUUACUUACAGAGCUUGUAGUAUCACUUCCAAAGGAGGAGAGGAAUUUAGAGCGAAUUAAGAAAGCUCCUUACAAAAUGGCGUCGUUUGGAAUUCUUAACGAAGAGCUAUUCGAUGAAAUAGCUAAAGAAUUAGGUGACGAAUGGAGGUUAGUAGCCCUUAAAUUGGGAAUAAGUAACGCUAGAAUACAAGAUAUGGAAUUAAUGUCAAAUUCUAAGACCGAUGGUAACAUCAUCAAGGAUAUGCUAGUCAGAUGGUUUAAAGGCACAAAUAGGUCUGCUGAUAAAGUAAAUAUCUUGUACUGGGCAUUGUUUGAAGGGGGACGGGAUGACCUCGCAGAUAAGAUUUUUCAACGGAAUUGCGGGGUUUUUAAUGAAGAAGAAAGCAAACCUUCAUCUGCUUCCGAGAUUUUCGACAAGAAAAUCAAUAAAGCCUUCACCAAAAUUGUAACUAAUGCUCUCAUCAAUGAGGAAUGGAAAAUUUUAUCUAGAAAAUUAACUCUCACAGACAAUGACCUUAAUUGCAUUGAAGACAAGUAUAAUAAGAAUGGAACUAAUAAGGAUAAAACAUUGGAAGCUUUAUAUACAUGGAAGAAAUCGAAAGGAUCCGAAGCGACUCCAAGUAGAUUAAUAAGUGCCUUAAAAGACAGCGGAUUCUCUGAUAUGUCUGUACAAAUUAAAGGCAUAUUCGCCUCCUAA